GCCCAGACUGCGAUAAGCGCCUGAGGCCGUCAGCUCCCUCCCCGCCAACACUUAUCACCACCGCCUUACUGCUUUCCCUCCUCCGAAAACAUUAGAACUCAGUCAUCGACAAACAAAGAUCUUCCCUCACUUUGAGACUAAAAUCUGGCUAUCAAAGGGCUCAAUUCUAUUGUCCUACCUUUAUUGCAUGCGCUAGUGUACUAUAAACGCUCACCUCUCUCCAGAGCGCUACCUUCCCCCCCUCUUAUAAUCCAAGCCUUUACCAAACAACAAAGAAUGGCUUUCUUUUUCAACCGUGGUCGAUCCCGACAUCCUUCCGACAUUGUCAGAUCAAUCAAGGAUCAGGUGUUAAGGCUUCGAGAAGCCCCUCCCACCGCUGCUAAGGUGGAAGAUGAGUUGUCUAAACAGCUUAGUCAAAUGAAAUUGAUUGUUCAAGGGACUCAAGAAAUCGAAGUGUCUCCCGAACAGGUGCAUGCAUUAGUUCAGGCUACUCUCCAUGAAGAUUUGCUAUACGAACUCGCCCGAAGCCUCUAUCUUCUACCCUUUGAAGCCCGCAAAGACACGCAAACUAUAUUUUCGCACAUUCUUCGUUUCAAGCCCGGCAAUUCAAGCCAGGCGGAUCCGCCUGUCAUUUCCUACAUUGUUCACAACCGGCCCGAGGUGAUUAUUGAGCUAUGUAAAGGCUACGAACACAGUCAAAGCGCAAUGCCGUGUGGCACCAUAUUGAGGGAAGCCUUGAAAUUUGACGUCAUCGCGGCUAUAGUCCUAUAUGACCAGUCAGAAGAUGGGGAGCCGGCCAUCAGGCUUACCGAAGUCCAGCCUGGCGUCCCACAAGCCGGGACUGGGAUAUUUUGGAAUUUCUUCCAUUGGAUAGAUCGAGGAACGUUUGAGUUAAGUGCGGAUGCUUUCACAACCUUUAGAGAAAUUUUGACUCGACACAAAUCUUUGGUAACAGGGUAUCUAGCGACGAACUUCGACAGAUUUUUCGACAAAUUCAACACUGUACUCGUGCAGUCUGACUCGUACGUCACCAAGCGACAGAGCAUUAAACUGCUUGGGGAAAUCCUGCUGGACCGUGCCAACUACAACGUGAUGAUGGCGUACGUUGAAAGCGGGGAAAAUCUCAAGAUAUGUAUGAAGUUGCUACGAGACGAUCGGAAAAUGGUUCAGUAUGAGGGAUUCCACGUGUUUAAGGUGUUUGUUGCCAACCCGAACAAGUCCGUGGCGGUGCAACGCAUUCUUAUCAACAACCGAGACCGACUACUGAAAUUCCUUCCUAGAUUUUUAGAGGAUCGUACGGAUGACGAUCAAUUUACUGAUGAGAAGAGCUUUCUGGUCCGCCAGAUUGAGCUUCUACCCAAGGAGCCUAUUGACCCGGCACGCUCUGCACGGGAGCCAUCUCGAUCGGGCGUCAACACGGCUGCCGUGGCCUAGGUGCAAUGUGGAAGCGCCCUUCGCAUUCCUUUCUUCUGUCCCCCCUCUUUGGACUACCACUUGGGGAUUUAGCGCAGCAGGACUAUGUACGCUGGGCUGUACAUUCUGGCUAUUCCCCGUUUGCAACGAUGGCCUGCUGGUAUCUGGUCAUCAUGGCGUUACAGUACAAUUGGCGAUUUAGGGGUGAUGGACGUAAUGACAUGACUAGCAAUCAGGGAGCAUAAACGCGAAAC